UGCGGCCGCGUUGCUACAGUCGGAGCUGGGCUGUUGUGGGCGCUGCCUGAGGAGUGUCCCAGAGGAAGAGGCAGUGGAGCGAUGGAGGGACUGGAAGAAAAUGGAAGUGUCCAAGUUGGAGAAUUAUUACCCUGCAAGAUUUGUGGAAGAACAUUUUUUCCAGUGGCAUUAAAAAAACAUGGACCCAUUUGCCAGAAAACUGCCACUAAAAAACGGAAGACUUUUGAUUCAAGCAGACAAAGAGCUGAAGGAACUGAUAUUCCAACAGUAAAACCUCUUAAACCGAGGCCUGAACCUCCAAAGAAACCGUCUAAUUGGAGAAGGAAACAUGAGGAAUUCAUUGCCACCAUAAGAGCCGCAAAAGGCCUUGAUCAGGCCCGUAAGGAGGGUGGCAAGCUUCCUCCUCCUCCUCCACCUUCUUAUGAUCCAGAUUAUAUUCAGUGUCCAUAUUGCCAGAGGAGAUUUAAUGAAAAUGCAGCUGAUAGACAUAUAAAUUUCUGUAAAGAACAGGCAGCACGUAUUAGUAAUAAAGGCAAAUUUUCAACUGAUGCCAAAGGAAAAGCUACUUCUCGGACCCAGUAUAAGCCGCCUGUUCUUAAAAAGUCAAAUUCUCCUGGGACCAUAUCGUCAGGAUCUUCACGAUUACCACAGCCAAGUGGCACAAGCAAGACUGUUGUAGGUGUACCUUCAGGUAAAGUCUCUUCAGUUAGUAGCUCUUUGGGAAACAAACUUCAGACCUUAUCUCCCUCACAUAAAGGCAUAGCAGCCCCUCAUGCAGGAGCUAACAUCAAACCUCGAAAUUCCACACCACCUAGUUUGGCACGAAACCCUGCCUCAGGUGUUCUUACAACCAAAAGAAAAACAUAUGGUGAGAGCUACAUAGUCAGGUCAGAUGGAGACUGUGCAUCCACACUCAAUGGUGGAAACAUUAAAGGCAUUGAAGGAAACUCAUCUGGACACUUACCAAAAUUCUGCCAUGAGUGUGGAACUAAAUACCCUGUAGAAUGGGCAAAGUUCUGCUGUGAAUGUGGCAUUCGAAGAAUGGUUCUGUGAACAAAACCCCAAGUGAGAAAGAGCAAAGUCCAGAGUUUUAUGACUAUUGCUGCUUCCAGCUAGAGCACUUCCCCUAGUUAUUUUGUCCUAAAAUUGUUACACUUUUUUUCAGGAAUUUUUGGAGCAGAAUUCCUCUGUCUGUAUAAUGUGUUAGGGUGCAUGUGUAUAUAUGUGUACAUAUACUGUAUAUAAUAAAUACCUGAUACCCCAAACUGUGUCAUUCAAGAAAAUACUCAUAUGUUAGAAAACAAUUUCAAGCAGAAUCAUUAACUUAGGUAUUAUAUCCUUCUGUUGUUAUUAAAACACAUUAAGUAUUCUACAGACCCUCAAACUCCAGUGCUUAGUCCUGCAAACUUUAGGGUGAUCAUUACUUUGAGUAAAAAAUUAGAAUAAGUGUUUUCUUAUUGGUGCCUAUUUUCAGAUAGUAUCUAUGAUGGUAGGGUAGGAUGCUUGGAAUUGAAGAGAAUAUUUUUAGUUAAAUUGGGUCAUUU